CGGGAAUUACUCGACUUCCGGUCGAGGAGAAACACAAGAGACUUCCCUGCGGUAGCGGAGCCGGAGAAACACAAUAACAAAGCCAUGGGAGAGAUGUCCGGCUUCGAGAACAGAUUUCACUCGUACUCCGCCACGCAGCUACACGAACUGCUGGAGGACGAUGACAAGCUCCGGAAAAUCGUCAGGGAGAUGGACGAGAUGCAGGAAAUGCAACAGAACAAAGAGCUGACGAUCGCCAGUAACCGCAGCCUGGCCGAGCAGAACCUGAGCCUUCAGCCUGAACUGGACCAUCAGAAGAUCCAGCUGACCAAACGCUACUGCUGUCUACAAGAACUGCACGAGUCCUAUCAGAUCCGCAAGUCCACGCUAGGAAACACUUCCCUAGACACGCUAUUGGCUCUUUUGCAAACCGAAGGAGCCAAGAUCGAGGAAGAAACAGAGAACAUGGCCGAUUCGUUCUUGGAUGGAUCGUUGCCUCUGGACAGCUUCGUUGAGGACUACCAGAGCAAGAGGACGCUGGCGCAUCUGAGGCGCGUGAAGAUCGAUAAGCUACAGGAGAUGGUGCUGAAGGGUGUUCAUCUUCCUCAGGGUUCCUGUAAUGAUCCUUCACAAGCGCAGGAGACCCUUAACUCCAGCGCACCUUUCCAAAGGCUAGCUAAUGGUUCUCCAGCUCAUGUAAGACCGUCAGCCACGUCACACCCUUACAACUCUCAGAACGUCAGUGCUCCUCUGCCAAACAUGCUGCCAUCAUAUUCAUGUCCAUACCCUCAAGGCCCCGGCGCUGCUCUUCCUCCGCAGGCAGGGUUUAUAAUGCAAUGAUGUUCUUCUGCCUGAUCUCUUCCAUGAGAAUGUGAAACGCCAUUUUCUCCCCUUUUUCUUUAGAUGCACUUUGUUCUCAAACAGCUGUGGGUUUCUGGUCCACACAGAAUCUGUUCCCGCAGAACUCUGCCAGGUGUAUGUAUUAAAUAUUUAGGCAGACGUAAUUAUCUCUAAUCUCGGCUCCAUUUGACACGUCUUAAUUGUAAUCCAGUCCACAGAUUUUGUGUGGACCUUAACAUCAGAAUAUAUUAACAUGCUUGAAUUUGAACAAUUUGACUGAAAAUGAUAAUGAAAUGAAUUUGAUACUCCAAAACUAUUCUUAUGCACAUAUAAGACAAUUUUACUGUGUACUUUUGUAUCUGUGAGGAAACCUUCCUAUUAUUCCAGUAAUGGUAAUGAGAUGAUAUUUGCAUUUAGGACUUGACCAAAGAUGCACUCCACCUGAUCCAUGAGCACUCCGUUAAUAUAGUUUUGUUGGACUUAACCUUUGAUUUGUUUUAUUUUCAUUUAAACAAUACAUGUUUAAAUGCUUACGUGGCAUUAACAGACCAGCCUGACUGUAGGUCUGCUAUAGAAAGACUUUCUUGGUGUUAAUCAGACUUAAGUAAACAGUUUAAUUAUCCUAAACUGAAUCAAACUAUCCUUAAACAGCUAAAAAAAAUAGAAGAUUAUAUUAUAAAAAUAAUCAGAACACCGUUUACAACGUUUCCGAGAUGUAAAGUGAUCUAUUUUGCGGAAAAUCUGUCUUUGCGGAGAAGUGCAGGUACUUUGAUGUAAAAGUUGUCAUGCUGGGUUGCACAUUUUCUACGAAGGAUGUUAUUAUGCAAUGCAAGUCUGUAACGUUAGAGAGUUAAGUCGCUUACGCUGAUGUAAGUACAGCUAAAAGAAAUCAAAAUGUGCCUUGCAACAGAACAAACAAGUGAUGUUUAACGAAGAACGCAUUUAAUCACACCGUCGCUGUGCUUUGAUGGAUCUCCGAAGCCAUCUACAACUUUCUGUUUCUGAAGACAGUUAAUGGUGCAGAACCCUUUUGAACUGUUUUAUCUAUAGUGUGGUAACCUGUAACACUCCUUAUGUAAAGUACUGUACAUUGUAGCUGUUUGGAUUAGUGGUUAUUGGUGACUAGAUUUUUUUUAUGCUGAUUAAUAAAUCUAAAA